CGGAACUGGAUAAUGAGGUUCCAAAACCAACUUGUCCCUCUGCUGAUGGCAACAACACCCAGAGAGCCCCUGUCAUGACUCUUCCCUCAGAGUCGAAGGAACAAACGGCGACCCUUGGGGAGAGGACCUUCAACUGUUGCUACCCAGGUUGCCACUUCAAAACUGUUCAUGGCAUGAAAGAUUUGGACCGCCAUCUACGAAUCCACACAGGAGACAAACCGCACAAGUGUGAGUUCUGUGACAAGUGCUUCAGCCGGAAGGACAACCUGACCAUGCACAUGCGGUGCCACACCAGCGUGAAGCCCCACAAGUGUCACCUGUGUGACUACGCCGCCGUGGACAGCAGCAGCCUCAAGAAGCACCUGCGGAUCCAUUCUGACGAGCGGCCGUACAAGUGCCAGCUUUGCCCCUACGCCAGCCGCAACUCCAGCCAGCUCACCGUCCACCUGCGAUCCCACACAGGGGACACCCCCUUCCAGUGCUGGCUCUGUAGCGCCAAGUUCAAGAUCAGCUCGGACUUGAAAAGGCACAUGAUCGUGCACUCGGGGGAGAAGCCUUUCAAGUGCGAGUUCUGUGACGUGCGCUGCACCAUGAAGGCGAACCUCAAGUCGCACGUCCGCAUCAAGCACACCUUCAAGUGCCUGCACUGCGCCUUCCAGGGCCGGGACCGCGCGCACCUCCUGGAGCACAGCCGGCUGCACCAGGCCGACCACCCGGAGAAGUGCCCCGAGUGCAGCUACUCCUGCUCCAGCGCCGCCGCCCUGCGCGUGCACAGCAGGGUCCACUGCAAGGACCGUCCCUUCAAGUGCGACUUCUGCAGCUUCGACACGAAGCGGCCCAGCAGCCUGAGCAAGCACAUCGACAAGGUGCACAGGGCCGAGGCCAAAACGGAGAACCGGGCUCCGCGGGGCGGAGAAGCGCCUCGAGAGAGCGGCUCCCAGCACGUGGCCAAGAUAGUGACCCAGAGGGCCUUCCGCUGCGAGACCUGCGGGGCCUCCUUUGUCAGGGACGACUCGCUGCGAUGCCAUAAGAAGCAGCACAGUGACCAGAGUGAGAACAAGAACUCGGACUUGGUCACCUUCCCGCCCGAGAGCAGCGCGUCGGGGCAGCUCGGCACCCUGGUCUCCGUCGGGCAGCUCGAGACGUCUCUAGAGCCCGGCCGGUGCCUCUAGUUCAGCCAGAGAGGGUGCUCAGCUGUCCGGAAUUCGGCCCAGCGCUGUUGCGCAGCCCUGCGAGGUGAGGCCGUGAAGCCAGACAGGAGUUACCAGCUCUGGGGGUGGCUGCCCCCACUUUCUAGGCCUCCAGAGGCAGUGGCUGCGGUCACCGUGGCGUGAGGACCAACGCCAAAGCAAUGCGAUGGAGACAUCUCUCCACGUUUCUGUCUUCCUUGCAAGAAGCAUCUAAGCAAGGUGACUCGGUUGUUCUAAGGUGGGGGUCCCUUGAGCACCGCUCUAUCCAAUAGGGAUAGCUUGUUCACAGUGGAUUCCAGUUCUAAAACUGAUCUGUCUCUGGAAUUAUUAAGCUAGACCACAUGGAAAACU